CGCGGGUCGGGGGAGCAGGGAGCCCCUUUGGCCGGGGUUGCACUUUCACCUGGUGGCGGAGCUACGCGCGUGAGCUAGGCAUCUGGCGCGCGCGAAUCUGCUGACAUGACCGAUCAUGGGGCUGAGGAGCCUUCCUCCAGGACAGGGAGUUCAGAUGGGGACGGUCAGGAGGACAGAUGGUCGCUCCAUCAGGGGCUGGCCAUCAGGGAGCUCAUAGACACUGAAGUGUCCUACUUGCAUAUGCUCCAGCUCUGUGCCUCAGACAUCAGGAGCCGCCUGCAGCAGCUGCCACAGGGAGAUCUGGAUGUCCUGUUCUCAAACAUCGAUGAUAUCAUCAAGGUAAAUAGCAGAUUUCUUCACGAUCUGCAGGAGACUGCCACCAAGGGAGAGGAACAAGCGCAGCUAAUUGGUGACUUAUUCCUGGAAUUCCAAGAAGACCUGGAGCGAGUUUAUAAGGUCUACUGUGCCACCUACAACCAGGCCUUGCUGUUAGUGGAGACCUACCGGAAGGAACCAGAGCUGCAGCAGGAGAUCCAGGCUGUUAUUGAGGCCGUGGUGCCACAUGCGGGACCCUCAGGCCUCAGUUUCUUACUGGUAAUCCCUCUGCAGAGGAUUACCAAGUACCCAUUACUGCUGCAGAAAAUCCUGGAGAACACACUCCCUGAUGCCAGUGCCUACCCUGUCCUUCAGAGGGCUACCUCUGCCCUCCAGGACGUGAACGCCAACAUCAAUGAAUACAAGAGGCGCAAGGAAGUGGCCUCCAAGUACAACAAGGUGGAGCAGCUGACCCUACGGGAGCGGCUAGCCCGAAUCAACACGCACACCCUCUCCAAGAAGACCACGCGGCUAAGCCAGCUGCUGAAGCAGGAGGCCGGGCUUGUGCCCAGGACGGAAGACAAGGAAUUUGAUGACUUGGAAGAGAGGUUCCACUGGGUGUCGCUGUGUGUGACAGAGCUGAAGAACAAUGUGGCUGUUUAUCUGGAUAACCUGGAGGCCUUCCUCUGCUUCCGGCCGCAAGACUACGACCUGGACAUCCCCGGCGGCCCUGUGGUGCAGUACUGCAGCCUGGCCGGGGACCUUCAGCUGCAGGCCUUCCCAGAGUUUAAGCAACGCCUGGAAGGCCUGGUAUGGCAGCCGCUCUGCGACAUGGCCAAAUCUCUGACCGGCCCCCAGAACCUGAUCAAGAAGCGCCUGGACAAACUGCUGGACUAUGAGCGGGUGGAAGAGAAGCUGUUGGAAGUGGGCAGCAUGACCUACGAGGAAGAACAGGCCCGGCACACGUACCAGGCACUGAACUCCCUGCUGGUGGCCGAGCUCCCGCAGUUUAACCAGCUGACCAUGCAGUGGCUGGGCCAGAUCCUGCGCACGUUCAUGGCCCUGCAGAGGGACCUCGCAAAGCAAGUCCUGCAGAGGGCAGAGGGCGGCAUGGCCCAGCUGCCCCACCACCAAGUCUCUGAGCCAGCCUUCGGGAAACUGCUGGAGGAAGCACUAAGUCACAACAGUAACCAGCUUCGCUUCUUUCAAGAGAACUUCGAGAAAGUGCUGCCGCCUCCCACCGUACAACCUCUCCUGCCCGGAGCUGAACGCCAGGUGCAGGCUCUCCUGAGCAGGUAUGGUCCUGGGAAGCUGUACCGGGUGACAAGUAACUUCAGCGGUGGUGGGCCCAUGGACCUGACACUGCUGCGGGGACAAAUCGUGGCCCUUCUUCAAAACAAGGACACCAAAGGCAACAGCAGCCGCUGGCUGGUGGACACUGGAGGACAUCGAGGGUACGUGCCCGCUGGGAAGCUGGAACUGUACCAUGUCGUCACCUGGGAAGAGCAGCCCAGCAGGCCGGCGGGGUCUCACAACAACUCCCCCCGAUGUUUAACACCAGAGCCUGCCCCAGCCCCCAUCUCCUCUGUCCCAACCGUGACCCAGGUGGUGGCAGCUUACUCCUUUGUGGCCAGAAGCAGCCACGAAGUGAGUCUGCAGGCGGGCCAGCCGGUUCUGGUCCUGGAGGCCCAGGACAAGAAGGGGAACCCGGAAUGGAGCCUCGUGGAAGUGAACGGACAGAGGGGAUACGUGCCUUCUGGUUUCCUGGCACGAGCCCCGAGUCCAGCUCCUUGGGGCUGGAGUCUGCCUUCUUAGGGUGCCCUCCUGGGAGCCCGUGUUGCUAAGGGAUGGGUAGGCUUAGAGGGUGCGACCUGGCAGGGCUGCAAGGGGAGAUCAGGUCAGGUUGGAGUGAAGAGCCCCCAGAAGGCAGCCAGAGUGGUGGGUGGGACUUGUAGCGUGCCUGGCGUAGGUGGUCAUGAGAGGCCGCGGCCAGAACCGCUCACUGCAUCUGCAGAAAGAGGGCCUUCCUGCCUGCAGUAGCUCCCAGCAACUGGCCAGGACUCGCUGCAGCAAGUGCCCCCAUCCGGGGCUCCCAUGGGAGUGGGUCACCCCAGUAACUGUUCCCUAUGUGUUGUGUGGCUACAGGGAAGGGAUGUUGGAGAAAUCUGAAACUGCCCCAGUGGGGCAAUUCACUUCCUACCUACUGUAUCAGGAGACACCAUGGUUGACCAGUCAUCUUUAAUUUCUCCCUCCCUGCUAGGAGCUGGGUUAUCUCAGGUAGCGAGCCUCUGGGAGCUCUUUCUGGCGGGGGAGGGAGGGCUUGUCUGGGCAGUGGCGAGGCUUCCAGGAGACUCCUAGCUGUGUCUGGGAGUGGGUGUGAGCCUGUCACAGUUCUAGAAUGUGUGUAGGCACAUCCAGAGGCUGUUUCAGGAAAGGGGAUUUUGAGGGUGUGUGUUAGGUAGGGUGCAGGAGGCUGUUGGCAGUGAUUGUACACCGUUGCCAUGUUCUCCCCACUAGGGGACAAAGGGACACACAAAUUAAAGAGGAGACUCUGAAGCAGGUGAUUAAAAUCCUGGUGGGUGGAGGAGCUUGGGUAAUGGCUGGGCUUCCUGUUUCUGGAAGAAGGAGAGCCUGGGGAACCCCCAGUGGUUUCAAGAGUUCACCUAGGGCCAGCAGGCAACAGUAGACAUGACAUCAGUAUGUUGUGGAAUGUCAGACAGAGGCCCUAACCUCGGGUUGCCAUCCAUAAAGCCCUAAUCACAGGGUAGCAACAAGAAUGAUAUGAGGCCAGUGAUGUGGAGGCCAUCAUGUCAUGCAGUACGAUCAAACUGCAAAUUGCCCUUGGUAACAGGAUGUGCUAGACAUCGUCUCAAGCACAGCCCAGUCACCAGCCAUCCCAGGCUGGCAAAUGACAGCAGCAUGCCACCACGCCACAGCCAGCCCAGGGCACUCUAUAAUCGAUGUGGUGUCCCUUUCCAUGCACCCAGCCUCUGGCUUGGGAUCCUUCUUGAUUCCACAUUCUAGUAGCCAGUCUCUUGAACUCAGUGAGAUCGAACCUUCUGUCUUCCUUUUCUAGAAGCAGGAAAUUAAAUCCCUCAAAAACAGUUCAUGUUCAAAGAAGAAUAACUGAUUGAGACAGAUCUGGGUGCAACAUGGUUGGCUCGUCACCUCUAGAUUUCCACCUUGGGCUGAGAUAAAUUGCAAGACAUUUCAUGCAAAUUAAAAUCCAGUGUAUAACAUUUAAUACAGAUUACAAAUCUUGGAACCAACCCAAGCUAGAGUAUAUGUAAAAACAGGUGGCAGUUUAGAUUUAUUUCUAAGAACAUCUCUGUUAUAAUAACUGGCACUCUGACUCUUAAGAACUGCAAGUGUGUGUCAGACAGUCUGUAAAUUACCUCCUGUGGGCUGCUGAAAGUGCGGAGACUGCACAACGCCAGAGAACAGUGCCCACGAUCCCUUUCCCAGCCCCAAUUCACUUUAUAAAGUGCUCUUGACUAAUUUCCCUUUCCUUUUCCUGCUCAGAUUUUGGAUAAAAAUAGGAAGCCCAGGGGAGCAGGAAAUAAACUAGGUAAUCCAUGUGUGCAUGCUGAGGGCCUACUGUGUGCUGGAGCCCAAGCUCAGGGCUUCUUCCCUGGGAAGCUUCCACCUGAGGCCAGGAUCCCAUCGAGAGCUUCUGAUGCACUUGGUCAGGGUUGUGGCCUGGGCCUCAGAACUCGGAACGCUUCCCAGGUGCCCCUAGGGUGGGCAGGGUCGGUACCUCCGUCCUAGACACGCAGUGCUGUACAAGAUGGCCCCAGGGCCAGAAGCAGCCAUAUGCUGUAAGCUAGGUAGGCUGUGCCUCAUCUGAGCUCUGUAGCGGCAGCUUUUGAGGUUGUUUGAAAUAGGACAACCUGUUCUGUCAGCUCCCAGAAUGUAUAUUUAUUAAGUGCCAUUGAAAAGGACAUGGACAAAAUUGAAUGUUCUGAUAGGCAUAAGGGAGAGAACUGGAAUGCCCUGGAACUGAUACACUCGGUUCUCAUAUACUUGGAACCAAAUCUAUCUCAAAAGGAAAAAUGAGAACGUGUUCAGUAGCACAAGGGUUCUGGUUUCUCGUGAACCAGGGCAUGAGAUAAAAGUCACUGAAGUUUGAGAGAAUGCGUAUUGAGAAGAUGGCGAAUGGCCUGAAUUUUCUCCAGGGGACUCUGUAAUGUGCCUUCUCCUCCCAAUCCCCAAUUCCUAGAACCAGUGCACUGUGUCUUAUUUCUUUCCUUGCUGCACUGUCAGCUGUUAAACUUGCUAAGGUAUUUGCCUCAGAACCGAACAAGACCUUUAGGAGUUAAGACUGGUUCACAGUAGAUGGAGGCCUCUUAACCUUUUGGAUUCCACCCCAGUUUUGGACAUGCAGACAAAGUUACAAUGUGAGCAGGAAGAUGAAUGGAUUCUUGGUUAAUGUGAUGAGCUCUAGCUUGGUCAGUAACUUCUGUCAAGGGCUGGGAAUAAAGGCUUCAAAGAGGAAAAUGUCUGGAUGUUGUGUUAUCUAACCAGUGGAUAAUCAGAUGCCCCCUUGUCACAUUUGUUCACGGGCACUUGACAUAUAUAAA